AGUCACUUCCGACCUUCCCUGGCGCCUUCAGCAGUUCUCUUCCGGGUGAUGGCGGCCGAGUGCCCCGGAUAUAUCUCUGGCGAAAGCAUCUCUCCUUUUCUUCCCCCGCCUCCCCUGGAGCCCCAGCACAGCUUAAGGAAGCCUUCUCUGCCCCAUCAUGCCAAAGAGGAAAGUGACUUUCCAAGGCGUGGGAGAUGAUGACGAGAAUGAAAUCAGUGUCUCCAAGAAGAAGUUGGUGGAUCCUGUGGCUGGGGCAGGAGGUCCUGGGAGCCGUUUCAAAGGUAAACACUCUUUGGACAGCGAUGAGGAGGAUGACGAUGAGGAGGGGUCCAGCAAAUAUGACAUCCUGGCUUCAGAGGAUGUGGAAGGUCAGGAAGCAGCCACUCUCCCCAGUGAGGGAGGUGUGCGGAUCACACCCUUCAACCUGCAGGAGGAGAUGGAGGAAGGUCACUUUGAUGCUGAUGGCAACUACUUCUUGAACCGUGACGCUCAGAUCCGAGACAACUGGCUGGACAACAUUGAUUGGGUGAAGAUCAGGGAGCGACCACCUGAUCAGCGUCAGACCUCAGAUUCAGAGGAGGACAGCCUGGGCCAGACACCGAUGAGUGCCCAAGCCCUCCUGGAGGGCCUUCUGGAGUUGCUGUUGCCGAGGGAGACAGUUGCUGGGGCAUUGAGGCGUCUGGGGGCCCGAGGAGGCAAAGGGGACAGCAAAGGGCCUGGGCGACCCAGUUCCCCCCAGCGCCUAGACCGGCUCUCAGGGUUGGCCGACCAAAUGGUGGCCCGAGGCAACCUUGGUGUGUACCAGGAGACUCGGGAACGGUUGGCCAUGCGGCUGAAGGGGCUGGGGUGCCGGACCCAGGGAUCCCAUGACCCUUCACCCCCACCUUCUCUGGAUAUGUUUGCUGAGGAAGUGGCAGAGGGGGAGCUGGAGACCCCAACCCCUGCCCAAAAAGGAGAGGCAGAGUCGCCAGGGGAUGGUCUAGUGGAUGUGAUGUGGGAAUAUAAGUGGGAGAACACAGGGGAUGCUGAGCUAUACGGGCCCUUUACCAGCGCCCAGAUGCAGACCUGGGUGAAUGAAGGCUACUUCCCAGAUGGUGUGUAUUGCCGGAAGCUGGACCCCCCUGGUGGUCAGUUCUACAACUCCAAACGCAUUGACUUUGAUCUCUACACCUGAACCCACUGAGGGCCCCGUUUAGUGGCCCCUUCUUUCCUGGACUCUCUAGAGCAGCUCCCAGCUGUCUUAGGCAAUGAGGACAUUGGGGGAUGCUUCUCAGUCAACUUCCCUUUCCCAAUAAAAGCUUUUAAUUGUGU